CCGUGUGGCAGGCGCCCUGACACUUGGGCCCGGACAGCCAAGCAGGCAACAUCACCCACUCUCUCCUCGCUGCUGUACUCGGCUCGUUGUACUCAUCUAGUUGUGCUUGCGGUGGUUGACCUUCGGCUCUUUGGUCCCGCCUCUCAACUGUUAAUCAACCGGUGGACAGAUUCCCGAGCCUAUUAGGCUGUGUUAACUCCCACCACAACCAUGACCCAGCCCGUUAUUGUCCAGAUGGACAACAAAGUGGUGCCCAGGGGUCUCUCAUCCUUCGUCAAGACUUACAGGAACUACAUUAUGCUUAUGCUUGGCGUGUUCAGUUUUGGAGUGGUGAUUGGAAUUGGUCCAGGUGUUGUGCUGGGUAGAUAUCUCUCUACCUCUCCUGACCACACAGCCACGAAACAUGGCCCGACUAACUCCACGACAACAGUGGGACCCCUCACGGUGACCGUUCCCUCGAGCACGGAGGCUACUCUUCACCACAUUGAUUCUACAGUCACAGCGCCCGGGACGGACUGGGAGAAGAAGAUCCUGCAGCAGGAGAAGGACCUUAUCGCUGUGGGAUGUCGCCCGACGCCGCACGUCAUAUAUGUGAAGACUGAACUUGCUCCCGAGGACGACCUGGGCGACAAGGACCUUUACCCCGAGUGGGUGGUGGUGGGUCGCUGCCUGGCCUCCUGCAGCUACUGUCAACCACCUCAACAAUGUCUUCCCACACCAGGAACACUACGCAAUAAGACCUUCGUCGUCCGUGCAACUGACGACUCCAGAACUGUGCAUCGUAAACGACAGGUCGAUGAGGACACAGAUUGUAGUUGCCAGUAAUGGUGGUGGAGCGCAAAGGUUGUAAGCGCUGUCACAGAGACGUUUUAUACCGGUUGCCUUAACAUGCCCUCAGGAAACAUUAACCAUGAUAAAACAAUUAUUUAUAUUUCAUAUAACUCUUAUACCAUUGGUGCAAGUUGUACUUGAUGCACGCAUUCACUGUAUAUAUAUAUCAUCUUCAAUAAAUAUUUAAAUUAA